AUGGCUGAACUCCUCGAUGAAGUGUUAACCAAAGUCAAGCCUAAACACGAUAGUCGCGUAAUCACGUGCUCAUUAACCGAUCGCUGGACCGAUGAGGAAGUGCGGCAGCAGUUUAAAGUUGCGCCUCGUUGCCCUGGUGGUGAUGGCGUAGAAAUGCUCAGCGACGACACCGUAGUCAAGUAUCACCCCACAAUGGAGGUGGCGUCUCAGGAAGCCCGCGCGCUGCAAUUUGUUUGGGCCCAUACAUCCAUCCCGGUUCCUCAAGUGCGCCGUGUGGUGGGUACACCUCGCGGGGCGCUGCUUCUUAUGGAGUAUAUUAAGGGCCAAACACUUGAUCGUCUGUGGCCCUCGCUAUCAUCCUGUCAGAGGUUCAUUGUCUCAUGGACACUACGCGGCUACAUCCAACAACUCCGUGCAGCUUCCACAGCUUACCCCCGCCGCCACAUUCCGGGGCCUAUGAGUGACACGCCACAAGUGUGUGAGGGCUCCUUCUGGAUAUUUGAUUGUGAACGGCCGAAGGGACCGUUCACUACAUGGGCAGAAUUCUGCGAAGAAUUAAAUGAAGAGGGUCCAGAGAGUCUCAAAGGACGUCGCUUCGACACCUCGGAAGAGUUGUUCUUGACGCACUUCGACCUGAGCGCACGUAACGUGAUCAUGGGCGAAGACGGAAGGAUAUGGCUCAUAGAUUUCGGACGCUCGGGAUUUUAUCCUGUGUGGUUCGAAUACAUCAGUAUGAUGAGCGCUGCCGAGGGCGAUGAAGCACCCACAAGUUGGUGGAAGCACAUCCCAUUGGUCACUGGGUGCUACGCUAGAGAGCAGAACAUGCUGGGAUGGCAGGCAUUCAAUGGACUUAAGUAUAAAGAUCGCAAAGAGUGGCGGGAGAGACGUUGA